AUGGUCGCAAUAAACACAAUCAAGAAAUCCAACCAAUCAGCCCUCCCCCAAUCUCUCCCUCAGAAUCUCACCGCUGUUUUCCUCGGCGCCACAUCCGGUAUUGGCCGCAGCACAAUCAAGCAGCUCGCCAUUGCGACUGAUAACAAGUCGCCAACAAUCUACAUCGUCGGUCGAAGCACUUCAGCCGCUACACCGCUAAUCGCAGAAUUGCGACAAAGCAACUCAUCCGCCAUAAUUGAAUUCAUUGAGCACGAUGUCUCUCUUGUCAAGGAAGCCGAUGCGGCCAUGAAGGAGAUUACGAAGCGAGAGACCAAAAUUGACAUUUUGUUCAUGUCUGUUGGAUUCAUGUCUUUUGAAGGACGAAAAGAAACCAAGGAAAAACUAGAGCCCUCUUUGACAACCCGCUUCUACAGCCGCGUUAGAGCCAUCCAAGUCCUCCUCCCUCUUCUCAACAACAGCCCAAACCCCCACGUCACCAACAUUCUCGCCGGCGGUCAAGAAGGUCCUCUCAUCGAAGAUGACCUCGAUCUUUCCAAACCAGGCAACUUCGGCGUCGCUUCAGCAGCUCAACAAGCAGCAACCAUGCUCACUCUCACCCUCGAGCGCUUCGCUAAAGAAAACCCGAAAAUCAGCUUCGUGCACGCUUUUCCCGGUUUGACAGCUACACCACUUCUUUCUCGUGGUUCAAGUGGGAUUAUUGGCUUUCUGCUCCAGUGGAUUGUUACACCGCUUGGGGGGUUGUUCUUUGCUAGUCCUGAUGAUGUUGGUGCCAGGGUGUUGUUUUAUGCGACUAAUGCGAGGUAUACUGUUGAGGAGACCGAGAAGCUGGCGACACCGAUUCCUGACGGUUUGAGGAAGGCGGCAAGAUCUGCUGGUGGUGUGUUUUUGAUUGAUAAUAAGAGUGAGGCUGCUGAUAAUGAGAAGGUUUUAGUUGGACUGAGGGAGAAGAUGGCCGACACGGUCCAGGCCCACGUGGACUCGGUCUUUGAGAGGGUAAUCCAGGAAUAA